AAAUUGUUUUUGAGAGAUCUCCACAUGGAAAUCAUAACCUAUACAGGCGUCCUGGCGAGAUUCUAGUCUUCGCCUCUCCAUAUAACCUAAUGGUGGGGGAAUAGGAACCGAAGAAAAACAAUCUCUCCAAUCAGUUGUCAGAAUAGUCGAAUGUGCGUCGUGGCAUAAGCCUCACCGGUUCUUCAAUCUACGGACAAGAAUUUCCUUCAACUCUGGGUCCUUCAAAAAGGAUUUCUCCGCUCAAUUCAGUGCGUAAUCGGACAUUACCUCGUUGCUCCAAUCUUUUAUCUCUUAUCAGAUCUGACAUUAAGAUUUGGGUUUCAAGGAUCAAAUCGUUAAAACGAAGAAGAUAAUGGAGAUAGCACAACUGUUUGAGUUCAUGGAAUUGGUUGGGAGGCUUAAGCACAUGAAACGAACUGGCUGGGUUCGACAGGGAAUCGACGAUGCUGAGACCAUUGCUGGACACAUGUACAGGAUGGCUGUUCUCGCACUUCUCGUAGACACUAAGGAAAACAUCAACAAAACCAAGGUGAUGGAGAUGGCUUUGGUGCAUGAUCUAGCUGAGGCAAUUGUUGGUGAUAUUACUCCCCACUGUGGAGUAUCUGUUGAGGAGAAGCAUCGACGUGAGGACGAGGCAAUGAUAGAAAUAUCAAAAUUACUUGGGGACAAAGGGCCAGACACACUCAGACUCUUCAGGGAAUAUGAGUCACGCGAAUCUCCAGAGGCCAAAUACGUCAAGGAUUUAGACAGAUUGGACCUCAUUAUGCAGGCGUAUGAGUACGAAAAACGUGAUCAAACUCAUGGAAAACUGGAGGAGUUCUUCACUGGUACAACGGAGCACAUCAGUCACCCCCUACUCAAGAAGAUGGCCAACGAGAUCAUGACACGAAGGGCUGAGCUCAUCGUACCUCCAACUGUCGAGCAUUAAUGUUCGAAAAGCUAUGAAGGAGUGAAUAAACUAAAUUACUAGUUUUUAAACCAAAAAAGUGAACAAAGAGAUACUACUUUUACAAACCAUCAUCAAGUGUCCUUAAGCUCAAAAAUACUCAACUCCAUUCGUCUCUUCCAUCACUGAUAUUUAUUGUAAUACUCAAACUAUUUCUUUGUUCAAACAUGUUCUAUUUAAUUUUAAUUUGUGAGUAAAGCUGAUACUUUUGUAAUAAAU